AUGUCAUUCACAUCCGACUCUGAGCUUGAGCUGUUGUUCCCCGCCGAACACAUUACGGACGACAUCAAGGCGCUGCUGCACCCUGACCUUCACCUCCGCCCACUCGCCUCGACUGACUACCACCGCGGCCAUCUCUCCGUGCUCUCCGUCCUGACCGUCGUGACCGACCCAGGCGAGGACGCCUGGCUCGCGCAGUUCAACGCGCUGCGCGCGUGUCCGCGCACUUACUACACCAUCGUCAUUGUCGACAAGCCGACAGACCGUAUCGUCGCCGUCGGUACUGUGUUUAUCGAGCACAAGUUUCUCCGCGGGCUCGGCAGCGUCGGGCACAUCGAGGACAUCGCCGUCGACAAGUCCCAGCAGGGUCGCAAACUCGGCCUGCGUAUCAUCCAGGCCCUCACCGGCAUCAGCGAGAACAGCGGGUGCUACAAGACGAUUUUGAACUGCAGCGACAGCAAUAUACCAUUUUAUGAGAAGUGCGGGUAUGUGAAGAAGGAGAAGGAGAUGGCCAAGUACGCACCCGAAGAUCGCGUCCGCCCACCAAGGCUGUGA